UCAAAAUGGCGAUUUAUGAAACUUCGUAUUUUCCUAGGAUGUCAUACCUUGAACGUCGCUCGGCUUUUGAGGGAACGGAGUUAUUUGAUAAUGGAAUUUCAGGAAAAAAGAAUAUUUUGAACUGUUUUGUAAAAUAAAUAUGAAAUGCCAAGAUUGACGCAAACAUCAGAACGAAGAAGUUGAAUAUAAACACUGCCAGAGUCCGAUGAUUAUGCAGACCCAGCCUUUUCAACAACCGAGAGUGAGACCAUACAAGACGAGGACUUUGAACAGGAGGAGGAUGACGACAGGGAUCCAGUUGAACCAUGCAAUGCAGGGGAUGAAUCUGAAGCAGAUCAGCCAUUGUACAGCGGUGCAACAAUUACUCUUGCUGCCAGUAUGAUAUUGUUGAUUUCGUUUGCCAUGCGACAUUCCCUCACUGGAGAAGCCAUCGCUGAUCUGUUGGUCCUCUUGGAGCUUCAUUGCCUUACGCCGAAUUUGUGCAGGACAAACCUGACAUCCUUCAUGGACUUCUUUCGGAACUUUAAGUCACCCCUUGAGUUUCAUCACUAUUGUGAGCAUUGCUUCCUGUACAUGGGGAUGGAGAAGGCUGAAGUCUGUCCAAAUUGCAACAAGCCACCAAAGAAAAAUUCAGCAGCAUACUUUCUGGUCAUUCCAAUCGCUGCACAGUUAUCAAAAAUGUUUGCAGAUGGAAGUUUGGUGCAACAGAUUUGGGAACACAAGGCUUCUAGACAAGAUGAUGGAAUGCUAAAGGACAUAUGUGAUGGAAAGCUGUACAAAGAAACAUUCACGAAAGAUGGGUAUUUCACCAACAGCACAGCAGAGCACCAUGGACAACUGCAUAUAUCCUUCCAGAUGAAUACGGAUGGAGUGUCCUUGUUUCGUUCCUCGUCAUUCAGUAUUUGGCCGGUUUACCUGGUGAUCAACGAGCUCCCACCCCAUUUACGGUUUUCCAGACGUAACCGUGUUUUUGCUGGUUUGUGGUUUGGAUAUUCAAAACCCAACUUCUGCACAUUCCUAAGACCAUUCGCAGAGAGUUUGCAUCAGAUUUACAGAACAGGUCUCAAGGUGGACAAUCUGACCAUUAGAGGGAUUCUGCUGAAUGGUGUUUUUGAUGCCCCUGCUAGAUGCCUCUUCCAGAAUAUGGUCCAGUUUAAUGGAUUCAAUGGGUGUCCUUAUUGCCUUGUGCCAGGAAAGACCGUGCAGACAAGUGAAAGAGGUCACACCCUGGCUUAUCCUUUCAACUUGGACAGUACAACGGGAUUUCAUGAGCCAAGGACACACGAGUCUUUCACCAGAUGUGGAGAAGAAGCGGAGACCAACAAAACCAAUGGUGGGAAACAGUCUGCUGUGUCUGGUGUAAAGGGACUUACGUGGUUCAGCUACUUCCCACACUUCAACAUCGUAAGGGGAGUAGCCAUCGACUACAUGCACUGCGUUCUCCUUGGAGUGGUCAAGAUGCUGUUGACACUCUGGUUCGACAAGUCCCAUCGCAAUGAGCCAUACAGCAUCGCAAGUAGGAUUGGUGAAGUGGAUAGACGUCUCCUUGCAAUCAAGCCACCAAAUUUCAUCUCCAGGUUCCCUAGGUCUUUGGUUGAUGUAUCCCAUUUUAAGGCUGCAGAGCUCAAGAACUUCCUGCUGUAUUACAGUCUGCCAUGCCUGUUUGGAAUCUUGUCAGAGGAUCAGUUUCAUCAUUUUUCCCUCCUCGUAUUUACAACAUACAAGCUUCUGCAGGACAAGAUUUCAUCAAGAGAUAUUCUCCAUUGUCGACAGAUGAUGUUGGAAUUCGUGCUCAACAUUCCUGUUCUGUACCACGAGAGGUAUUCUACGUCCAACAUCCAUCUCCUCCUCCACAUAGUUGACAAAGUCGAAGAUCUUGGUCCUUUGUGGUCUUCUUCGUGCUUUUACUUCGAAGAUUUCAAUGGACAACUGAGGCGCCUUUUCCAUGGAACCCAACAUAUCCAGUGUCAAAUUGCAUUUGCUGUUGGUGUGCACCAAAGCCUUCCCCAGCUAUCGCAGAUGCUCAACCAUGGGACCAGUGAGAGGGACCUGUUUCUCCGACUGACCGAAAAAAAGUCCCAGCCUACAAGUGAAAACAUUUGUGACAGUGUUUAUGUAAUUGGAGCCUUCUACAACAGACCCUUCACUCAAGAAGAAGAAAGAGCCCUUACGCUGGCUGUUGGGAACUUUGACUCUGUGUUAUUCUUUAAACGUCUAUCGAAAGACCAUCAAAUCCUCCACAGUGCAGAGUACAAAGCCACAACAAGGAGGAACAACACAGUCGUAGGCUAUGGAGGAAACUCUUAUGGAAUUAUUCAGACUUUAGUUAAAGUGAAAAGGAACAUUGGAGAGGAUGCCGCCUAUGCAUUGAUGAGCCCCAUGGACAAAGUGAAUAUUGUUAUUGAUGGCAGACAGAGAUCAUCCCCAAACCACAUGAUUUCCCUGAAACCGUCAUUGAAUGCUGGACUGGUAGCUGUGUCAGUAGUGGACAUCACUGAUGUGUGUGUGUAUGUUCCUGUCAAUGAUGAACUUUCUUUCGUGUCCAGUGUUCCAAACCGUGUGGAAAAAGAGUAAAAAAUGACACAGUUCCAUGCUGCUUCAUUGUGUGAUUGACUGAACAUAUGAUAUUAAAUGAUUAAAAUAUUCAAGAAACUGAUUAUUAAAUCAUGUUUAAUUCCAAUAUUCAUGUUAAUAGCCAAUAUAAAAU